AUGCGUACUCAGCAGCUUCUCGCAUUCUGUGGCCUCAUGCUGGCCGGCAACGUCGCUGUUGCCUCUAAGCUGGACCACGACGACGUUCCAAACCGCUGCUGGAGCGUCUGCGGUGAUGUUGUUGGUAUCUCCAAGAGCUGUGAUGCCCGUCACGACAACGACUCUGCUGAGAUCAAAUGCAUUUGUGACUGGGAGAAAGCCAAAACUCAAAUCCCACUUUGUUCGGCUUGCAUCACGCAGUAUCAAACCGACAGACGCAACAACAGCACCAACACCGUCCGCGUCCGCGACCACGACCAUGAUCACGACGAUGAUGAUGACAAUGACAAUGACAAUGACAAUGACAACGACCAUGACCAUGAUCAUGACUAUGACGACGAUAACGACAAUGACAGGGACGAUGAUGACGACGAUAACGAGGCUCUUGACCUCGUUCACUCCUGCUCUCUAACCACUACGACCUACAAAUCUACUGCGACCACUGCAAGUGGCUCUUCUACUGGAACCGGCACUGCUGCUUCUGCUACCGCAAGCACCACCGGCGGGUCCAGCUCUAGUGGAACCAGCCAGGACUCCACCAGCUCCAACUCGGGAUCCGCUGAAUCCUCUGGAUCAUCCGCGGGCUCUGCUGCCUCUUCAAGCGCGACUCCCGAUGCGGCAGUUGACCUCUCGGCUCCUGGGGCUGUUCAUAUGGCUGGUGUUGUUGGUCUGAUGGCCUUUGCUUGGCUGUGA